CUAAACCCUUCGAUUCUCCAUUUUUCUACGGUCCAUGAUUGCUCACCUCGAAUACAAGCUCCGACUCUGGCCAUCUCUCUGGUGAGUUUCACUAGUAUGCGAGGCUCUCUGAAGCUGAAACUUGGAGCUUUCAGAUGGAUUCAGUGCGGCGGAUGAACAUGUUGAGAUACACUGUUUUGCUCGGUUUGUCUCUUCUUCUGGUGGCGGGCCAAACGGCGUCGCAUUUAGGCUCCGGUCCGCACAUUGCAGACGUCAACAUUCUGCUGCCUCCCAGAAUGACUCAUCCGGUCGAGUAUCGGCUCCAGGGGAGCGAUGGUUGCUUCAAAUGGUCAUGGGAUCACCACGACAUUCUGUCUGUUCUGCCGGAAUAUAACUCAACUAGUCACUGCUCGACGAGUGCACUAUUGAGAUCAAUUGCUCCGUUUAGUGGCCGGAAGGAAACUGCUGUUUAUGCUGCUGAUGUAAAUACUGGGGUUGUGAUUCGCUGCAAAGUUUUUAUUGACAAGCUUUCUAGGAUUCAGAUAUUUCAUAAUUCUGUUAAACUUGACUUGGAUGGGCUUGCCACGCUUCGAGUUCGCGCCUUUGACAGCGAAGAAAAUGUGUUUUCGUCCCUGGUGGGAUUGCAAUUUAUGUGGCAGCUGGAAACCAAUGAACUGCCUCACCACCUUGCUCAUGUUCCUCUAAAGGAUUCUCCCCUGAGUGACUGUGGUGGGUUGUGUGGAGACCUAGAUAUCCAAAUAAGCCUUGAAGAUAAUGGUGUAUUUUCCGAUCUGUACGUUGUAAAGGGAAUCGAAAUUGGGCAUGAGAUUGUUUCUGUAAAUUUGCUUGAGCCACGAUUCCAGCACAUGACUGACAGAAUUGCUCUUACUGUGGCAGAAGCCAUGUCACUUGAUCCUCCCUCACCUGUUUUUGUCCUCGUUGGUGCUGCUGUUCAGUAUAGUCUAAAAAUUAUCCGUGGGAACAAGGCUCAAGUGGUAACUUUGCCGUCUCCACAUCAUCGAUGGUCUGUUUCAAACUCUUCUGUUGCUCGUGUGGACUCUAUGAUGGGUUUGGCUAAUGCGUUUAGCUUAGGAAUUACAAACACCAUAGUUGAAGAUACAAGGGUUGCUGGCCACAUACAAGUGUCGUCACUUAAUGUUGUUCUGCCAGAUUCUUUAUCUUUAUACAUGGUACCUUUGUCUACUUCUGGCAAUCUUGUUGAGGGAAUUGAAGCAAUUCCAUCCAUGACACGUUGGUAUGGUGUUUCUGGCCGUCAGUACCUCAUUCAAAUGAAGGUUUUCUCACAAGGUCCAGAUGCACAAGAAAUCUAUCUUACAGAGAGUGAUGAUUUAAAGUUGUCCAGUGACCAGUCUGACUACUGGAGACUUUCUCCUGUAUCAAAUGAUAUUGCAAUCAAACAUGGCUGGCAGAAUUCUAUGAUCCUGAAGGCAACUUCACAGGGACAGGGUAAAUUGGCAGCUUCUUUGACUUACUUUAGUGCAUUAAAUGAGAAGAAGGAGGUUCUCAAGGUCAUGCAAGAAGUCGUGGUUUGUGAUCAAGUCCAGUUUACUUUGGAUAAAAGUGGUGCAUCUCCAACCAUUCUCCUUCCGUGGGCCCCUUCUGUUUAUCAGGAGGUGGAGCUAAAGGCUACAGGAGGUUGUGCUCAAGCAUCCAGUGACUACAAAUGGUUCUCUUCAGAUAUGGGUAUCGUGUCUGUAUCUGCUUCUGGGGUUGUCCAGGCUAAGAAGCCUGGUAAAGCUACCAUUAAAGUGCUAUCCAGUUUUGAUUCAUUUAAUUAUGAUGAGGUUGCCAUUGAAGUCUCUGUUCCAGCAUCUAUGGUCAUGCUUCGUAACUUCCCUGUUGAGACUGUUGUAGGAACACAUCUUCAAGCUGCUGUAACAAUGAAGCAUCAAAUGGGUGCCUACUUUUAUAGAUGUGAUGCAUUCAGCUCCUUCAUAAAGUGGAAAGCAGGGAGUGAGUCUUUCAUUAUUGUCAAUGCAACAGUUGAGGCACCCACUUUAGAUUUAGGGAAUGCUGAGUUCUAUGCAACAAGUUCUGGUCCCGCAUGUUCACGGGCAUAUUUAUAUGCCUCGGCUUCUGGUCGGGCAACCCUUCAUGCUACAUUAUCAAAAGAAUAUCACAACUUGGAUAGCUCUUUUAGUGGGCCCGUUGUUUUAAAAGCAUCUUCACUUAUUGCGGCAUAUUCACUGCUUAGCAUUCGUCAGGCAGGUGAUGGAAACCAUUUUGGUGGCUACUUUUUUGAUUUGGCUCAAACAGAAACUGAUAGGCAGUUGGUAAAUUUGGACAAAAUAUACCUUGUCCCUGGAACGCAUCUGGAUGUUAUGCUUCUUGGUGGACCUGAAAAGUGGAACAAUGGUAUUGACUUUGUUGAAACUAUGGAUAUCUUAAAUGAAGGACAUGGUCAUAUUGACAAUGGGGCUUCUGUGCAAUGGUUAUCUGAUAGCUAUAAGAGUCUGUACAGAGUUUCAUGUCAAAAGCUGGGAACCUAUAAAAUUGUUUUCAAACGUGGUAAUCUGGUUGGGGAUGGCCAUCCUCUACCUGCAGUAGCAGAAGUUCUGCUGUAUCUUACGUGUAGCAUUCCUACCUCAAUUGUUCUGCUAGCUGAUGAACAUGUAAAUGAACGUGAAGUUAUACGGACUGCAAUUCAGGCUGAUCGCAGUUCUGGGAAAAUCCGUGUCACCCCUGUUACCGUGGCAAAUGGGCGCACCAUUAGAUUAGCUGCUGUUGGUAUUAGUAACUCUGGAGAAGCAUUUGCAAACUCAUCUUCUCUUUCCUUGGGGUGGGAACUUAUCAAUUGUGGCGAGAUGGCUAGUUGGGAUGAUGCUGAUGAUUUAGAGAGGUCGAAGCACAGUUGGGAGAGGUUAUUGAGCUUGAAAAAUGAGUCAGGCCUGGUACUGCCUAGAAUUUCUGUCAUUGGUUUCAGAGAUAACAUGGGUGCUCAUAAGUCUGUUCCACUGCUUGAGGAUUCAGAUAAUGUUCUUACAGAUGCAAUUCGUCUACAGCUUGUUUCUACAUUAAUUGUCAGCCCAGAGUUCAAUCUGGUGUAUUUCAAUCCCAAUGCUAAGUUAAACCUGUCAAUUACUGGUGGGAGCUGUUUCUUGGAAGCUACUGUGAAUAAUUCUCGAGUACUGGAAGUCGUUCAACCCCCAACAGGUUUACAGUGCUCACAACUGAUCCUGUCUCCUAAAGCUAUGGGGACAGCACUUGUGACAGUUUACGAUAUUGGACUUGCUCCUCCCCUUGCGGCUUCUGCUGUGGUACAAGUUGUAGACAUUGACUGGAUAAAGAUUGUGUCACCAGAGGAAAUAAGCCUUAUGGAAGGGAACUCGCAGACUAUUGAUUUGAUGGCUGGGAUUAGUGAUGGGAGGACUUUCGAUGCUUAUCAGUUUGCCUACAUGAAUAUUCAUGUGCAUGUUGAGGAUCAUAUUAUUGAGGUGUUAGACAUUAAUGAUAUCUCAAGCCCAGGUGGUGGAUUUGUUAAUGUCCCGAAAUUUAAGAUUUUGGCUACACAUCUUGGGAUCACCACUUUCUUUGUGAGUGCUGUACAACAAUCUGGGCAUGAAAUUUUGAGUCAACCAAUAAUGGUGGAAGUUUAUGCACCACCUGUAAUCUACCCACAAGAAAUUUUCCUUGUACCUGGAGCAUCUUAUGUGCUUACCGUGAAAGGAGGACCAACAGUUGGUGUAUAUGUUGAAUAUUUGAGUCUGGAUGAUGCAAUAGUGACAAUGCAUCGAUCUUUUGGACGGCUGUCUGCUAUGUCACCUGGAAACACUACUAUUCGUGCCACAUUCUUCAGAAAUGGAAAUAUUGUGAUUUGUGAAGCAUAUGGCAGUGUUAAAGUUGGAGUUCCUUCUUCGGUGACACUGAAUGCACAAAGUGAUCUGCUUGGUGUUGGCCAUGAGAUGCCAAUAUAUCCUUUAUUUUCUGAGGGUGAUUUGUUUUCUGUUUAUGAGCUCUGCCAAAACUACCGGUGGACUAUAGAAGAUGAAAAGGUUUUGAGCUUUUAUUUAGAGCACUUCACUGGUGAGAAGUAUGGUUCUCAGUUGGAACGUUCAGAAAAGAUUCAAUUCCCUAGCCAUAUGAAUGAGGAAGAGCUUGGUUUUAUCAAAGUCGUAUCUGGAAGAUUUGCAGGGAGAACAAACGUUGCAGUCUCAUUCUCAUGUGAAUUUAUAUCUUCUGGUUCCAAAUCAUGGAGAAGAGUUUACAAUGCAUCUCUAUCAAUAUCGGUGGUGCCUGAUCUCCCUCUUGCUCUUGGAGUCCCAAUAACCUGGGUUCUUCCUCCUCAUUAUACUACAACAAGUAUUUUACCUUCAUCUUCAGAAUUGCAUGGCCAAAGGGAUAGUCAGAGUCAUAAAGGAAUUAUUAUCUAUUCCUUAUUAAAAAAUCUCCCUGAAAAGAAUGAAGGUGUGGAAAAGGAUGCUAUUUCCAUCGACGGAGACAGAAUAAAGACAUCAGAGAGUAACAAUCUUGCAUGCAUUCAGGCAAAAGAUCGUAUGACGGGUAGAAUUGAGAUUGCUGCUUGCAUCAAAGUUGCUGAGGUGUCUCAAAUAAGAAUUACGAACAAGGAGUUACCAUUUCACUGGAUCAAUCUUGCUGUUGGUGCUGAAAUUUCUCUUCCAGUAGUCUACCUUGAUGUGAUAGGAAACCCUUUCUAUGAAGCACACGGUGCCACUCUCUUUGAUGUUGCAACCAACUCUCCUGAUGUUGUGUCCAUAAACAACAGCAGCAACACGCAUGGUGGCGGUGGAAAUAUCCAUCUCAAGACGAUGCGACAUGGUAGAGCUCUUGUGCGAAUAUCCAUCCAUCAUAUGCCUCAGAAGUCGGACUAUAUCCUGAUAUCAGCGGGUGCUCAUAUACAUCCUCAAAACCCAGUUCUUCGAACAGGAAGCCAUAUUAACUUCAGUAUAGAAGGCUUAAAUGAUGAAAUUUCUGGUCGUUGGGGAACUACAAAUGGAAGUGUCAUAUCUGUAUCCCCAUUGUCUGGGGUGGCUGAAGUAGUUGGGGAAGGUACAACUCAAGUAUAUUUUGAAGCUUCAAGUUUGAAGUUGCGAACAACAGUUAUAGUGCCAACAGAGGAUAUUAUUUCUGUGGAUGCUCCAACUGAGACACUAACAAAUGUUCCCUUCCCAACUAAAGGAUAUAACUUCUAUGUGAAGAUCAGCAGUACCGACAACAAGUUUAAGGCGCUUGGAAACACUAAGGAACUCCAGUAUGACUGUAGAGUUGACCCGCCUUUUGUUGGGUAUGCAAAACCAUGGUUAGAUCUUGAUACCGGUAGCUCAUACUGCCGCUUUUUUCCUUACUCUCCGGAGCAUCUGGUUCGUUUGGUACCCAAGUCAAAGGAUAUGAAAUCAGAUAUAUCUGUUUCCAUCAAUGCUUCACUGAGAGAAGCAGAUCAUGUUUCCGGAUCUGCUUCUGCUCUUUUUGUUGGAGGGUUUUCCAUUUUAGAGAUGGGCAAGGAUUCAAUGCAGUUGAAGCUGACCCCAGACUCUAACAAGACUACUAUUACAAUCCUGGGAAACACAGAUGUUGAAAUCUAUUGGCAUGAGCGGGAUUCUUUACUCAUUACUCCCAUCCAUAAAGAAGGUUCUGGGAUCGGUGGGCAUGCAAAAUAUGAGGUCAGAAUGCUAGGAUCCAAGAGAUUCAAAGAUACAAUUUUCAUUACACUUCCAGCCAAUGGUCAGAGUGUGGAAAUUGAUGUCAACGGCGACCCUGGAGAUAAAACGGCAUCUGAAACUACCAUCAAUCAUACACUUUGGGCAACGGUGCUUGGAUGUCUUGCUCUAUCGGGUUUGACAGUUGCUUUCACCAUAUGUUAUUCGGCAAACAGACUGGAUAGAUCUCAAACAUCCAUUAACGCUCCAGCCCCUCCAAGCACUGCAGGCCCAGCCACACCCGAACGUACUAGCAGCCCAGCUACUGGGAGCGAACAGUCUCCUCGAACACCUCCGUUCAUAGAUUACGUUAGAAGAACAAUAGACGAAACUCCAUACUACAGGCGAGAGCCGCGGAGGAGAGUUAAUCCACAGAAUACGAAAAUCUUUAUAGGGGGUUUGGCAAGAGAGACUACUACAGCGCAAUUUAUAAAGUAUUUCGGUGCGUACGGUGAGAUUAUAGAUUCGGUGAUAAUGAAGGACCGGAAGACGGGGCAACCCCGUGGUUUCGGGUUUGUGACGUAUGCAGACCCCUCUGUGGUUGAUAGAGUCAUUGAGGAGACUCAUGUUAUCAAUGGCAAGCAAGUCGAAAUCAAGCGAACAAUACCCCGGGGAGCAAUGGGGUCUAAGGAUUUCAAGACUAAGAAGAUAUUUGUGGGUGGAAUUCCAACAACCGUAAAUGAAGAGGAGUUUAGCGACUUCUUUUCACAGUACGGAGAGGUUAAGGAACAUCAGAUUAUGCGGGACCACUCCAGCGGUCGCUCCCGUGGAUUUGGAUUUGUCACCUUUGAUACAGAUCAAGCAGUUGAUGAACUCUUGGACAAGGGGAACAAGCUUGAUUUUGCUGGAGCUCAGGUGGAGAUCAAAAAGGCAGAGCCAAAGAAGCCAAACCAACCUGCACCACCAUCGAAACGUUAUAAUGAUUCUAGACCUGCAUACGGUGGUGGGUAUGGAGAAAGCUAUGGUGGAUAUGGAAGUGGCAGUUAUGGUGGUGCUGGUGCUUAUAGGUCAGCUGCUGCCUAUGGUGGUAGAGGUAGCGCUUAUGGAGGAUAUGGUGGCAGUGAAUUUGGCGGAUAUGGAGUAUAUGGUGGUGGCGGUGGUGGUGGUAUAGGGGCUUAUAGGGGAGAAUCCUCCAUGGGAUAUUCAGGCCGCUAUGGAGGAGCCUACAGCAGAGGUUAUGAUAUAGGAGGCGGUUAUGGUGGAGCUGGUGAGAGUUAUGGGGGAUAUGGAGGUGCUGGCGGGGCAGCUGGUGGCGGUGGUUACGGGAGUGGCUAUGAUGCAGCAGGUUUUGGAGGUGGCUACGGAGGUGGUAGUGGAGCUUCCUUUUACGGUAGUAGAGGAGGGGGAUAUGGUGGUGCAGGUAGUGGUCGAUAUCAUCCAUAUGGGAGGUAAGAGGCUUGUUGUAUCAUAGAACAGAAGAACUCGGCAGCCAAAAUGCGAACCUAACCUUGUAGCUCUUGCCUUCAAGUCGACAGGCUUACGUUUUCAGUUCCUCUCGUGGUCUCAUUUCUCUCUCUCGUUCAGACUUUCGCACUGCCGGCAAUAGAGCCUGAGCAACCUUGUGUCAAAGAUGUUCCAUAUAAUUGUUUGUUGAAUUCUUUAUAUUUCUUUGAAGCUCUUUUUUGUACCGGGACUAUGAGAUUAAAGGGACCUGGCAAUUGACAUUAACUGUCUGCACAUUGGUGCAGAUGUUUGCAUUCC